AAGAGUGUGGCAACAUUAGGCAGUGAAUAUUCUUUGCAAAUUCAGUCAAUCAAUCGUAAUAUUGAAAUAUGGCCAACACUCCAGCAACAUCCAGCGCCGCCGGUCCCGUUCUCCGUGGCCUGCACAACGCGACCAUUAAGCGCAAUUUGGCUGUUGCCCUCGGCCUGACCGCCAUCGUGACGGUCGCCUUCCAAAUUAUGGUCAACGAUCCAAAGAAGACGGCCUAUGUUGAAUUCUAUAAGAAAUAUGACGCCAACAAAUCCUUUGAGCGCAUGAAGGCCGCUGGCCGUUUCCAGUCGUGCUAAACGCAUAAUGCCCUGGAUCAACUGGCUAUAGUAUAGUUUUUAAGGCAUACAGUGUGUUACUAUUCUGCUUGUAUUGAAAACCAAAUAGAUUUCAAUUCACAUGUGCGUGUA